AUGGGGAAGUGAAGGGGUCCAGCAAAUUCGCAAUUGGAGGCUGUAGUUUCGGUCUGGUGAGUGGUCCCAGUUUCAGGUUUAUAUGUUGAUACUGCAGCUCGAAGGCUACAGCGAAAGAUGGGAUUGCUGAGUUACAUAGCACAAUGGAGAGGGAUCAUGAAGGAAGUGGUGGAUCGCUCAGCGAUUACAGUGAAGUUCCUCUGCCUCCUCCACGUUACCAACAACUAUCUUUGCUCCCCUACUCACGUGUAUGGGCCUAGCAUGCUCCCCACCAUGAAUCUCACCGGUGACGUGCUACUCACCGAGCACGUGUCUCCUCGAAUGGGGAAGCUUGGGCCUGGAGAUUUGGUGCUGGUUCGCUCUCCCUUGAACCCUAAUCGGACUUUGACCAAGCGCAUUGUGGGCAUGGAAGGGGAUAGGAUCACUUACUUUGAUCCUAGGCACGGUGAUGUAGCUCAAACUGCUGUGGUGCCGAAGGGGCAUGUUUGGAUUCAAGGGGAUAACUUCUAUGCCUCCCGUGAUUCACGGCAUUAUGGUCCUAUUCCAUAUGGUCUCAUUCAAGGAAAAAUCUUUUUUAGGGUUUGGCCACCUGAUUGUUUUGGAAAGCUGGAUUAUUGAUUGUAUUGAAGAUGACACGAGAGUGAUAUGUUGUGAGUUGUUCUGAGCUAUGAAGCAUGGUUUGACAAAAAAAUUUUCUUGCAUCAGCAAUUACGUCAAGUUGGUUCUGACUUCAGAAAUACUUGCUGAAAGGCUAGUCUUGGAGAGAAAUAAGGUCAGGGACCCUUGAUUAAUUUUUGGGCCGGAAGCUUAGAGAUCUAUUGAUUGGCCUCAAUGAAAUUGGGGGAAGAAUUGAAAAGUUACCUUUUUACGAGCUCAUUAUUAUAGUAGAGGUGUAGAAUGUUUGGCGAAAGGUUAAAUAUCUCAUGUGAUGUAAAUGAAUGAAGUGAAGGAGUGAGCAUACAAUGAAGUGGAGUCAUAAUCUGUGUGGACAGAAAAAAGAAAAAGACAGAGAAAAAGAAAAAGAAAAAGGAGGAGAGGUGACUGUUGAAUAAACAAGGCGAUUAGGGAGCACUGAACAAUGUCAAUUAUGAUUUUUAAAGAACAAAAAUAAGAAUGCUAAUUUAAGUUAAGAAACAUACACGAACCCUGAUUAUCCAAUCCCAUCAAAUUGUAAUUCAGGGAAAGAACGAUUUAUAAAAGAAUUGUAAACUAA